GUAAAAUGUCGGUUCCAGGACCUUACCAGGCGGCCACUGGGCCUUCCGCAGCGCCAUCUGCACCUCCAUCCUAUGAAGAGACAGUGGCUGUUAACAGUUAUUACCCCACGCCUCCAGCUCCCAUGCCUGGGCCAACUACGGGGCUUGUGACAGGGCCUGAUGGGAAGGGCAUGAAUCCUCCUUCGUAUUUUACCCAGGCAGCGCCCAUCCCCAAUAACAAUCCAAUUACCGUGCAGACGGUCUAUGUGCAGCACCCCAUCUCCUUUCUGGACCGCCCUGUUCAAAUGUGUUGUCCCUCCUGCAACAAGAUGAUCGUGAGUCAGCUGUCCUAUAAUGCCGGUGCCCUGACCUGGCUGUCCUGCGGGAGCCUGUGCCUGCUGGGGUGCGUAGCGGGCUGCUGCUUCAUCCCCUUCUGCGUGGACGCCCUGCAGGACGUGGACCAUUACUGUCCCAACUGCAGAGCUCUCCUGGGCACCUACAAGCGUUUGUAGGACUCAGCCAGACGUGGAGGGAGCCGGGUGCCGCAGGAAGUCCUUUCCACCUCUCAUCAAGCUUCACACCUGGUGGAGGUUCUGCCCUGGUGGUCUCACCUCUCCAGGGGGCCCACCUUCAUGUCUUCUUCUGGGGGGAAAUGUCGCAAAACUAACAAACCUCCAAACCCCAAAAAUUGCUGCUUGGAGUCGUGCAUAGGACUUGCAAAGACAUUCCCCUUGAGUGUCAGUUCAACGGUUUCCUGCCUCCCUGUGACCCUGAGUCCUCCCAUCUAACUGUGAUCAUUGCCCUCUCCGAGUAUCUUCCAGUGAUCUGCCAUCAGUGGCUCUUUUUUCCUGCCUCCGUGGGCCUUUCUGGUGGCAGUCUCAAACUGAGAAGCCACAGUUGCCUUAUUUUUGAGGCUGUUCUGCUCAGAGCUCAGCUGAACCAGCCUUUAGUGCCUACCAUUAUCUUAUCCAUCUGUUCCCAUCCCUGAUGAUAAAGAUCUUGCCUUAUAGACUUUACAGGCUUGGCUUUUAGAAUCUGUAACUUCAGACUUCAUUAGCACACAGAUUCACUUUAAUUUCCUAAUUUUUUUUUUUUUUUAAGUAAAAAGAGGGGCUAUUAACACGCAGUACAGACAUAUCCAUGAGGUCAUAAAUGCAUCCUAGAAUACCAGGGCUGGAUUUUAUCACUGCCCUGUGUCCCCUUGUUUCUCUGUGCCAGAUCAUCAGUGCCCCUUUCCAUACAGGGAUUUUUUUCUCAUAGGGUAAUUAUAUGAACAGUUUUUAUGACCUCCUUUUGGUCUGAAAUGCUUUUGAACAGAAUUUCUUUCUUUUAAA